CCCGAGUAGGAGUUGGGAGGAGGAGGCAUGUCCCUAACAGCUCUAAAAUCCGUCUGUUCUAUUAUGGCCUUGCUGAAAGGCGGUGCUAACUCUCUGCAUUUCUUAGGUAUCCUACUAAGAGAACUAGAUAGGUAUGGCUGACAUAAUUUCGGAGGAUAAGAGGUCUGUCGAUCGGGGACGGCCCACAGGGUACCGAGCAGGAGGCUUUUUUAUUCUACUCAUAGUGAAUUUCCGUAUGCCGCAUGCCGGCCGUGGCAUUACACCGAUUCUGCGAUACCUGUACUGCCUACGUAGUACACAUCUGCCCACACGGCUGAGAUAGCUCCCUACUUCCCGAAUCUUGAGAUUCCGUCGAUUACAGGUCAGAUCAAAUCAUAUCAUCUCAGAGUGACACCCACCCCCAACAUCGAUCUCCUUCCAUUCCGCGGCUCGCAAGCGCCCCCGUCACUCUAACCCUACAGAUCGACUCGAUACGAACGUGGCGGCACUCGGGAUAUUUAGCCAUCGUGUCCUCUUCGUCGAUCUGCGCAGACACCCGGGAUCGCAGUCGAGAUGCCCACCUACGCGAGGGAUCACGAAGGCGGCUAUGGGGGCGACUUGAGUCUGGCUACCUGACUCGUCAUCAUUGCACCCCCAACCCCGGUCUGGCCACUGCAAGCAAGCAAUAUACUACCUACGUAUACUAUGUAUACUGUGUACAGUACGUGCGGGAGGGUAGGUGUACAGAGCCGGCGCCGGCGCAGCUGGAACCUCUCGCGUCUAGUGUCAUGGUGUCAUCCUAUCGUCCUGCCAUCCUGUCACUCCAUAACCCUCGACGGAUCGCCGUCCCGGGGCGUCGGGCGGCGACAAACCCUAUCGAAGCGGGUGGCGUCGAAACCGAGCCGAGAGAGUAUAUAUAAAGCGUCAGGGGGAGUACCUACAGCCUACAGGCACCGAGUGCACCUCGUCUCUCCUCGAUGCCGAACAGAACGCACCCCUGUGCAUGCGCUUACCAGGCCCAAUUAUGUACAUAACGAGGACCUGGUUACGUGUCUCCUGACGCUACGCUACGGGAUAUUCCCAUCAUUUUCGUUUGGGGGAAAUCGUUGGGACGCGAACCCCCUUUCGACCCCUUCUACUUUGCCGGAACAGGCUAGCCGCCACCGGCUUGUUCAGGUACUCAACCUAGGCAAUUAUCUGAGGUCCUUCAUAACAUCCCCAUUACCAGGCCUAGGGGCUAGGAGCGUAAGGCAUGUAGGGAACACAGUUCAGGUAGCCAUCCACGCCCGAGAGAAGCACGGGGAAUGCCUGCAUGAGGUAGGUUUCCCGUGGCCUCUCCCCGCGUAGGUACGUGUAGCUUUCACAUGCCAGCCCCAAGACGGGACAUCUGUCGCAACCGCCAACUCCCAUCCAACGAAAUGCCGUCGGUCCCCAGCUUUCUUGCCAACGCACGCCUACGCGCACACCUCUGCGCACACCUCUCUCUCCCUCGCCCUACUUCCUUCACUCCCUCUAGUA